AUGGUCGGUCUGCGCCGUGUGUCUACACGGAGCGGCGCACGUCUCUCGCCUGGGCGCGAGGUGCGCUCCGAGUCGCCUGAGCCGCACCUGGAGGAUGUGAGCGAGCCAGUGACGCCACCAGCGCUUGUGCCCUUGUUGGAGGACAAGGAGCUGACCGAGCCGAUGGGUGCACUGCACCUAUCGUCGCCCUAUACGGCUCUAUCGGCGGACCUGCAGCGCCUUGUGCGGGCGAUGGGAUCGCUGCAGCAGCGGCCGUUCCCAUCGCUCGAGCAGUGUGCUGGUCUGCAUGCGCCCGAGACGCCGAAGCGUCGCGCUCGGCCCGGGCUAAAGCGCGAGCACUCGGCUCUGCUGGGCGAGGUGAGCCCCGCGUUCCGGCACUUUACGCAGCAGGUGCUCGUGCAAACACGGCUGUCGCCGACAACGCUGUGCCUUGCCUUGCACUAUGUGCACAUGCUUCAGGGCAUGCUAUGGUCGGAUGCCGGCAGCGCUGACACCGAAGUGGCACUGGCCUUGCUCGCACAGCCACCGCCCACAGCGCCAUUCAAGCUGCUGACGCUGGGGCUCAUGAUGGCAAACAAGUUUUUGGACGACAAUACAUUCCUGAACAAAACAUGGCACGAGGUGACUGGCAUCCCUCUCGAUGAGCUGAACCGGAUGGAGGCCUUUUUCCUGUGCCGCACCCAGUUCCACCUGUCUGUCUCGGACUCGGCAUGGCGCCAGCAUCUGCAGGCGAUGCGUGCCGAGGCCUACGCAAAUGCGGACGAUGUGUCUGACGACGAAGAUCAUGUCGGCAAGACACUCGACCGUAUGCUCGUGGACCAUGUACCCGGUUUGUGUGUGUAA